GCUGAGAAAUGUCAUUCAGUGUCAACCAAACGCCAACAACAAACGUGCAUGUGUUUACAGAAGAUUUGAAAUUCCAAAAGUUUCUUACGAAAACGUGGGUAUUCUCGGUGGAAUAUAGAAUAUUAGUUAUAUUUUGUGAUCGUUCAGUGAAUCCAAUUAACUAAAAUGCCGAGAUCCAAACGAGAUCAAAAGGUUUCGUUGACCAAAACCGAUCGCAAGGGCCUGUCCAACAAGCAGCAAAUCAUCGAGGACAUCCAGGAGUGCCGUCAAAAAUACGACAAUGUGUUUUUGUUCUCGGUUCAGAAUAUGCGCAACGCCAAAUUGAAAGACGUCCGGACCGCUUGGAAGAAUUCGCGCUUCUUUUUCGGCAAGAACCGGGUAAUGCAGCUGGGAUUGAAAUUCGUCAGUGACGAUGUGGACGAAGACCCGAAGCUGGGACAGGAUAUGGAAAAAUUGCGGGAGCAAAUGAUCGGUCAGUGCGGAUUGUUGUUCACGUCUGAGAGCAAAGAAACGGUGCUGGAUUGGUUUGACUCGUACUCAGCCGAAGAGUUUGCGCGAAGUGGAUUUCGAGCCACCAAAACGGUUCACCUGAAGGAAGGUCCUUUGGAAGAGUUUUCUCACGCCAUUGAGCCGCACCUGCGAUCGCUGGGAAUGCCGACGAAGCUUGAACGUGGGGUUGUCACACUGUACAAAGAGUUCACAGUUUGCGAGAAGGGAAAGAUUUUGACCCCCGAACAGGCAAGAAUUCUGAAGCUGAUGGGCAAGCCUAUGGCCAAGUUUAGGGUCAUUAUCAACUGCUGUCACACGAAAGAGAACGGCUUUGAGGAAAUUAAAAAGCGAGAUAUCGUCGUCACACAAAAGACCAAAAAGGUGCUGAAGAAGAAACCCAAGAAGCCCAAGAAGGAUGAUGCUAUGAGCGAGGACGAGGACGAAGAAGAUGAUGAGGAUAUGAGUGAGGAUGAAGACGAAGAGAUGGAUACGGAUGAUGACGAGGAUGACGACAAAGCGUAGUAUAUUGUAAGGUUAGUUUUACUUGUUAUGUAUAAGAUAAAAAUAUCUUCAAUAUUAUUCAAA